AGCGCCGAGCGGAGGGCGCGGCGGGGGACUUGCUUGGCGCUGUCGCCGCGCCGAGUCCCGGAGAUCCGGGGCGCGUGAAGCGAGGGCAGGUCGGCGAUGGCGUCCAUGGCGGCGGCGAUCGCUGCCUCUCGCACGGCGGUCCUGAAUGGGAACCGGCCGCUGGACGAGCGGGAGCGCAAGCGCUUCAGCUACUUCUCGUCGCUGAGCCCCAUGGCUCGCAAAAUCAUGGCGGAGAAAGAGUGCAUCCGCGAGCGGUACGGGCCGGACUGGGAGCGGCUGCCGCCCCGCCAGCAAGACGAGAUUAUUGACAAAAGCCUGGUGCAGCCCCACAUCCAGGCCCGGUACGCGGCACACCGAGGAACCGCCCGAGGCAGCCCGCCCCCGGUCUGCUACCCGAAUCUGCGCCUCAAUACCGGCCAGAAGGUAGUGCACUUCGGGGACGAGGAUAUCACCUGGCAAGAUGAACACUCUGCUCCUUUUUCUUGGGAAACAAAGAGUCAAAUGGAAUUCAGCAUUGCUUCUCUGUUGAUCCAAGAACCGGGGGCUGCAGUGCCUCAGCACGAACAGAAACCGCCCAGCAAAACCGUGCCUGGGCCCCCAGCCCCCAAACCUUCCCAGGGGGGUAAACCACAAAACUCAGAUGGGCUGAUACCAGCCAAAAAGGAGGAGGAGUCCUCGUUUUGGAAGAUCAAUGCUGAGCGCUCCAAGUGUGAAGGGGAACAGUCUGAGUUCUAUUCACUAACCCCAAGCCAAAUCAAAUCCAUGGAAAAAGGAGAGAAAACCCUCCAGCCUUAUUAUAGGCAAGAAUCUGGUCUAAAAGAGGCAACUAAAGCAGAGAGGCUUAAUGCUCCUAAGGCUGAAAAAGUGGUCACCCCGGUUCUUCCCACAACAUCCAUAGAAUUGGAAAAGCCUCAGUCCAGCCAACCUGCAGUUAGUGCCUUUGAUGCUCUCUCUGAACCUGCAGAGAAAUUGUCAUCUGCUGCAACCCAACAUGAAGGUGCCCAAAGCAGUUUUGUUCCAGAUUUACAAGGAUUUGGCCAGAGUAAUACAAGUAAUGUUAUCUUGAAGACGGGAUUUGAUUUUCUGGACAACUGGUAGACAAAAUAAUCCUUCACUGGGUUUUUGGAGAAAGAAAAAGAACAUCUCUCUCUGUUUUGUGUUUGGUUUCUGUUACUGGUUUUUCUGUGCCCUUUUAACUUUUUUCCCAAUUCUUUUUUAAUGUUACCCUUCGUACUAAUACUUUUUGUAGAAACCUGAUGGGUAUUUGUACUUUGAAAUAGUCCAGUGUUAGAAGGGUGGGUUUUUUUUCUGUCUUUUACUAAUUACUAUUCCGCAGGGUGAAUAGUCAUGUUUGGUGAUGAACAGGAUACAUUGCUUAAUAUUUGUAUGCUAAAGACAAGAUGUGCAAUCUAAUUAGAGAGAAAAUGAAGCCAUCUGACAGAAUACCCAUAUUUAUUUUACACAUUAAUGCCAACAGCUAAUGGGCUACCAUCUGUAUUAUUGCCAAGAAGACAACCGUUUAUGCCAAGCAGGGAUAAGGCAACUUGAGGCCAUCCAGACGUUUUUAAUAUGAUCUGUCUGAACCUUAGCCAGUAGGGCCAGUGGUUGGAGAUUCUGGAAUUAGUAGUCCAAAACCUUUUGUGGGCACCAUAUGGUCUUUUCCUAAUAGAGGGAAGAUGGAAGCACAGAGUGCAAAAACCAAAAUUCAGUACAUCUCUUUCAAAUAUGUCAUACAGGAUAUAAAUCUGCAGACAUUUUACAUGUUUAUUUUUAUACUGGCCUAUGUCACUUGACCUGGUUGCAGGGAAAAAAAAAAGAGCCGCAUUAGCUAAUAAUGAGGUGUGUGCUGGGAGGGUGUAUAUAGUUGCUUUUGUUUUGUUUUUGUGAAAUGAGACCUAAUGGGUACUCAAAAUGAUUAAGAUCAUUUGUUAAAAAUUAACGUAUUUAAUAAAAUGUAUUUAAUAAUAUUUUUUUUUACAAAACAUAAAAGGAGAAGAAAGGAGAAAAUAGCUUGGAGAAAUGUCAAAUACAUGGAUGGAGCUGCCUUUUGCCGAUUAAAACCAUCUAGUAAAGGGAUCUUUGGAAGAAAUAUAACAUGAAAAAGAACUGAUUUGUUUGAUCCCUUUUGGCAUAACAGCAGUGAACCACAUUUAGGAAUAUAGCUCUUCAUUCCCCCCACUCUGCCCCCAGUGUUAAAUUACUCCAACAUGUUUAUUGCAAGGCAUUGUAACAAUGCUUUCUUUAAAAACAAAGCACUGUAUCUUUAAAAAAAGUUUUAUGAUAUGACUGAUUUCUGGUGCUACUUCCUGUAGUGGGAAUAGAACUUGAGUGUAUCACAUACAUCCUGAUGUAUUAGAUUUUCUGUUGUAUAAAUACUACACAGAAAGUCUUUUACAUGGAGGCAUACUUUAAAGAUGACAUCCUUCACCUGCACCUUGAAAUGGUCCAGGGUAUCAUCUUCUUUGGCUACACACACAUAGACCAGCCUUGUCCAGCAUCUACAAUAUCCAAAAAUAGCUAUGCAACUGACAUCGCAUUUCUGUAAUUUUAAAAGGUAUUGUGCAUUUAUCUCCCCAUCACCCUCAAGCCUUAAUUCCCCUCUCUGCACAAAUUGUGAUUUCUCCAACCAAAUACCAAAGGUUAUUGAAUUUCUGCUUUUGACCUUGAAAACUGGAUUUCCUGAGAGAUGACCUAAUAACAGAGACACACUGUACAUAGAUACCUCUGAUGCCAUGUGGAAUUCUCACAAAGACUAUUUGGGGCUCUCUAUCUGUUGUCAGGCCAGCUACUUGUAUCCUCCUUCCAUACUAAUCACCAGAUAAACCUCAGAGUUGUCCAUUAUCCACACCUGUGAGUGGUGUGAACUCAAAAGUCACAUGUCUACAAAUUGUGUGUUUUACUUCAGACUACAGUACUUCCUGUUCCUCUGCUGCUGUCUUUAUAUACCCCAUUGACAAUAUCUAUGACUGAAAUUAAGAGGGAAGUUCCGAGUCCUGCCCUGAAAGGUAUGAUGGAAAUUAUGACUGGGUAGUGCUUUGAAUUCAGUUCCAAAAUUCAUGCUUUGCAAUGUGUGGAGGCAGGAAUAUAUAGCACUGAUACACAGCCCUCACUUACAGUCUGGAGCACCAUUUUGGAAUCCGAUCCAGAGCACUGCACAGCCCUAGAAAAUAAUAACGUGGAAUUAAUCGUGAAGAACACUAAGGAAAAUGCUCUUUUUGAGGGAGGUUUUAUGUGCCAUCACACACACUCAGAUAUUUGUGCUGAAGAUGGAAAUGGGAAACAGCAGAAGACUGUCUAUCUUCAAAUGCUUGCUUUGUCUUAAGACAUUCUGAUUGAUUGGUUGUUCCUAGUAACUAGCACCACAUUUCAUAUUGUGGGGAUGUUGCACUGGGUUUCCUGGUGCACACCUGCAUGGCAGCACAACUAUUAGUGUCAUAAGUGUGCAUUGAGUUGGGAUAGCAAAUGCAGAUAACUGGCAUUUCUGGAAUUGCUUAACUUUUGCUGCUGAGCAAGAGAGGGAAGAUUUUCAUUGAUGGCAGAGAAGUGCCUGAAGUUUGGUGGCAUAUUUGUUGCCCUGUUUGCAGUGUUUUUAAAGACACUGUAUUUAUAAAAGUAUUUAUAAAAGACUUUCAGAUAGUUUUUAUUUAAAGAAAAGAGAAACCCUGUUUGAUACUUUAAAGAGAAACAAGCCUUCAAAAAGGAAUCGGCAUAAAGUCCUUCAAGUCAAAGAUAUUUCCGAGGUAUGCUGUAUCUCUGGAUUGUAAAAGGGAGCCUUUUCCAGUCGUGUCAGAGCUGAACACUGUGAAGUGCUUUUCCAGCUCAGGGUCUCUUGUUCAGGUUGACCAGUUCAAGAAUUAAGUAAGUUCAGUUUGGAUUAACUAUUGCUUUCUGCUAUUUGUCAGCUAAUGUGGGAUAACAUCCUGAGGUCACUGAAGCAUCUUUUUUUUUAGAUUGCUGCUCUUCAGCACUGAAAUUGGGUAAACUGGGCCUAAUCCUCCUACUAAUGUAUCUAUAUCCAGUCCUGUUUAUCAUUGAUGAAGUUUUUGGGUGGAUUUAUUCAUUGGAACAUGCUAACAAUGUUUAUCGCCUUUCUCUUUAAUAUAGUUUCAUGUAUAAACCUGAUGUUUCUCCCUUUCUUAAAUGUUUUUAUUGAGGUUUUAUUCACAAUUGUAUUUGGCUGCAGUUCAUAUCUGAUUCUUAAUUAAAAUCACCUGACAUGGA